AUGACACGCAAUGAAGGAGCCGGCGGCAUAUCUCUCUGCGAGCCACAGCAGUCGCAUUCCGGCGAGCAAGAAAUUAACAUGAGAGAUGGUGCCGAGCAAGCUACCAGACAGCGAGAUUCAGACAGGAAGAGAGCAUUCGCUCUCCUAGGCUCUGCGUUAUCACAGCUACAGAUAUGGGGCUUCGCCAUGAGCUACGGGGUUCUUCAAGAAUACUAUUUCGACAAUUGGAAACUGGAAGGCGGUCGCAAAAUCACCGGUAUCAUUGGGACAACAUCAAACAGCGUCAUGUACCUAUCUAUUCCUGUGCUGUUUGCUUUAUUCACCAAACGUUGGGCCGGUUAUCGCCAGACUGCAGCAAUCUGCGGCGCUCUACUGGCAUGCACCGGCUUUAUCUUGUCGGCACUUAGUAAACAUGUUUGGCAUCUUGUCGCGACACAGGGAGUACUGGCAGCAUUAAGAUGCGCCCUUGUAUACAGCCCGACUACGCUGUCCCUCGGCGAAUGGUUCAAUACCAAGAACAGGAUUUGCAAUCGAGCUGUAGCCUACGGCAUCUGCUUAUCCACAAAAAACAUUGUGGGAUCAGUUUGUCCGUUCAUCUUCCGAGGACUUCUCGAUCGCUACGGCUUCCAAAUUACCUUGAUCAGCGCUGGUUACGGUAUCCCGCAAACAUACAUCAACGAGUACGCACGCAAUGUGUCCAAAAUGUCGCAUACCUUUUCGACACUCCUUAUCACUCUGAUCAAUAUACCUGGUAUCUGCUCCUCCACCUUCUUCGGCUUUUUGAGCGACAACAAGUACUUUCAUGCCUCUGCUCUGACAGUUACCGCAAUAUCCGCAGUCACCUCCGCUCUAUCUGCGUUUUUGCUCUGGGGCUUGGCCGCGCAAGGGGGUAUACCUUUACUAGUGUUGUUUGCCAUCACUUUCGGCUUCUUUGCUAGUGGUUACAGUGCAACCUGGGGAGGAAUUGUAAAUGAAAUGGAAAACGAUGCAGCGCAAAAUAAUGAGGCAGUCGACAGUGGAGUGCUGUUUGGCUUGCUUAAUGGUGCCAGGGGUAUCGGUUAUGUAGCGGGUGGGCUUGUCAGUGUGCCUCUCAUCCAGGCUGGAAGCACGACGUCAGUAGGGCACUUUGGAUACGGGACGACGUAUGGACCCCUUGUUAUCUUCACCGGUCUCUCGUUAUCUUUUGGUGGUUUAGGACUUGUCUUUCGACGAAAGUAA